GUGAGGAAGCUGACAAUCAAAACAAUGCUUGACCUAGUAGACUUACAUUUCUUUAUAAGUAUUUACUAUCUAGAAUGGCGUGAGAUGAAAUGUGUGGCAAAGGAUGGCAAAGCUCAAAAAACAGCUACACCUUGUAUGAUGUCCUUGAAGGAAACAGAAUCGGAUGAGAAACCACGAGCAGCGCUCUUUGACCCAUGCUUUGAGGAGGUUGUGGAUGGGAAACCACGCACUUACUGCAAUGUACUUUGUCCAGGAGCCGAUACGGCUUACCUUAUCAAGCGUGAACCUCAAAAUCAUAGAAGUUGUUUCGCUCAUUUCACAUACAAAAUAGAGAAAAGAGGCAAUGACUUCUAUAUGUGGAGGGAUGGAAAGUGCCGCACAUCUGACGUAAGGUUUGUCAUUCGAUGCGAGUUUGCAUUCGGUCGAGCCGAAUUCCCUACUGACAAUGUUGUCUUUGCAAAUGCACGUCGAACAACUCUUUAA